UUACAGAUAAUUCUGUCAUUAGUGGCGUGCAUCACUGCAGAAACCUGGUUAUCGAGAAGCACAGCGGCCACCGACAACCAAAUUCGUUUUGCGAUAGAAAACAAAUACGAUCACACAGGCCCUGGAGCAGAAGGGCCUGAAUAUGCUUACAAAACCUACCAAAAUUUAGAUGACGCUAUACUCGCGUACAUGAACGACCCAGACACACAACUACCAGAAUAUGAAAAAACGAGAGCGAUUCAAAAAUUCACACGACCCGCUUAUACAUCCAACAGCAUUAAUAAUAUCGAACCUAUUCCUAGAUAUCAACCAAAAACUGUCGAUGAAUAUACUGGUUAUAAAUCCCCGCAAAGCCAAAACCAAAACAUCCAAGAAUACGCUAUUUUUAAGCCUCAAAGUAUAAUAAACCAAAACCUUGACACCGACUUCAAGGGCUGGAAACCUUUCCAGCUCGUAAAACGCACAAAGCCUAUUGACGAAUCUACAUACUAUAAAUCCACACCAAGUGGAGCUGGCUUGAACAAUUACCCAAAUGGGAACAAGUUUGGUUUUGAAACAUUAAACAGUGAGGUCCGUCCAGUGCGUGGGAACUCGCCAGCAAGUUUAGCAGAACCUGCGAUUGAGGAGUACGACCCACAUCCCCAAUAUUCCUUCUCUUACGGAGUUCAUGACAAAGGCACGGGUGACUCCAAGUCAGCUCACGAGACGCGUGACGGCGGCACCGUGCGAGGCUACUACACUUUCAUGGACGCAGAUGGCAAGCAGCGCACUGUACACUACACCGCUGAUGAUAAGCUAGGAUUCAGAGCCAGCGUGCAGCGCACUCACAGAAACACACAAUAGGCCUGACACGGGUCGCCAUACGCUACUGCAUCUUCAUAAAGCAGUGCACCGUGCUCUAUUACCUACAUCGCCGAC